AUGUCACAAAAGCCGGACCCGGGAAAGACAUCGACGAGAGCGACGGGCAUUCGACCACCGACGGCCUCGGGGAUUCCAGCACGCAAAACGGAUGCCACCACAGCUGCUACACGACGAUCUAUGGCUGCGCCCAGCCCCGCUGUCACACCACAGCCACCAUCUGCCACCACUUCAAGAAUUGCGAAAGAAAUCCCGCGUGAAAAGCGCCCCGUUGUGAAAGAAAUUCCAGAAGUUGUGGAGGAAUCGAAAAAAAUCGAAACCAUUCCUGUGCAAGAAAUAUCCUCACCGACAGUCAAAGAAUUGGCACAACAAAUCACAAAGAAGAAUCCAUCCGCGCCUCCACCUCCUGUUUAUCAGAAUGUUAGUGAAGCUACUGAAGUUGAAUUGCUCCGCAACGAAAACAAAGACUUAAACGAAAAGCUUGAGACUCUCAGAAUCAAGCGACAAGAAGAUCGAGCCAAGCUACAGCAUGCAGAGCAAAUACAACUUCAACUUGAAAGCCAACAAAAGAAGAAUCAUAAAUUGGGAGAAACGCUUCACGAUGCACAAAAAAAGUUGGCGGAGAAUGAGAGGGAAGUAUCUGAAUUGUUGGCGUGGAGAGCUGCUAAUCAGGAGACUAUUCAUAAUCAUCAAAACGACCUCGAAAUGGCACUACUCGACAAAGAAAUGGUUGAAGUGAAAGUGGACGAGCUUACUAGCAAGGUUGAAGAUUUGGAGCAAGCAUUAGAGCUGAGCAAAACCGAGCUCGAAAUUUUAAGAGAAGAAAUGCGCUCAACGGCUGGAGAAGGAGGAGGACAUAACUUGAACUCCAUUCAAUUGAAAAGCUUUGAGGAACAAAACGACAAGUUGAAGCAGGCUUGCAUAAAACUUCGAGAUGCCAACUCAAUCCUUGCCAGUGAAAAACAAGAAAAUGCAAAGGAACUCUCAGCUCUCCGCAACGAGAACUCGGAGCUUUUGCGCUUACUGGAAAUUACUAAGCAACAAGCAAACGAGGCCAAUGAACGAAUGUUGGAUUUGCAAGAACGAGUUGAUGCUAAUCUAGAUGCCGUCAAUAUGGUUGAAGCGCUCACCCUAAAGAGCAUGGAGGCGGAAGAUGAGAAAGCGGCUCUGCAACGAGAGUUAGAAGACUACCAGGCGAUUCAUGAUAUGGACCAACAGCUGCAAGAAACUCAAAAACAAACCGAGAAAGAUCUUCUACAAGAUGUUGCUGAUCGAGAUAUUCACAUUCAUGAACUUAAAAAGAAACUUACCGAAGAAGGACAACAUGCUGCUGAACUUGUGAAGAUCAUCAACAAGUACAAAGAAAAAGUGGCGCAACUUAAUGAGCAAAUUGAAGAUCUAAAGGACCAGGGUUUGCGUUAUCAAGAGGUUCUCGAAACUACAAAAGGCGAAGAUAAAAAGCUUGCUGGUGUAAUGAGCCAAUUGCAAAGUUCACAAGGGAAAGUAUUUGCGCAGAUUGUGGAUGCCUCUUUAAAGACGAUCGAGUUGGAUUUUGCCCGAAAACAAAUGGAUUACAUCAAAGCGUUUUUGCCGGAUACCUUUACGAAAGCCGGAGGUGAUUCGGAUGCUGUUGUCUUGACAGUUGCUUUUCCCAGAGUACAAGCAAAAGCUCAAUUGUUAGCGAAAUUGGUUUUGGAGCAGUAUCCUGGAGUUCCUGGUGGAAUGAGGCGCGAGCAUGUUCUUCUUUCACACAAAUCCGAGCAAUGGGCGCAUUGUCAACGCAUUGGAUCCAUCACCUCAGCAAUCACAGUUAUUUGUUCUAAAUUUGAAAGUGCCCUUGAACAGUGCUCAAUGGAUGUGCUUGCUAAGAUCGCCCACAUGCAAUCAGAAGUUGUUGCUGAAGAGCGAACUAUUGACGUCUACUUUGAUUACCUGAAGCAGGGCCGUCUUGAUGAAAAUACCUUAUUAGAUAGUCUCAGCAAAGUCCACGCAAAGUUUUCGAAUAUGUUUACCUUGCAUCUGAGCGGCCAACCGUUCGACACGUGUAAAUGGGUGGAACAAUCGAUUGCACAGAUAACUGCUACGAUAGCUUGGUGGAGUGUCAAUGCUCAACGGGUGCUCUUUUAUUUACCAGAAGGAGAUUCGGAUGUUCGUGAGAUUGUCGAAAAGAAUCAACAUCAGAUGGAAGAGUUUGGAAGACUACUCAUUGGAGCCACUCGUUGUAUUCCGAAAGAUAAAUCUCUGCGACUAAGCCCGGAGUUUAUCGACGAAGUGUCUUCUUCAAUACACUGUCUAGAUCGCAUCUGUUCUGUGUUUAGUGAAGCAACUUCUAUGGCGAGCAAUCAAAUAGGAAUAUCGGAGGCAAAGGGACUUGACUCUUCAAGAUUAAAAGAAAUGCUUCAUGCUGUUGUCGAAAAAGUGCAUGGAUCGAUUGCCCUCGAUAAAGCCUUUGACCCAAUCAACCGAUGGAUUGUGAUGAUCGGAGAUGCUAUUACCGACAUCAAGAAGAAACUGGAGUCGGGUGCCAUGGAAGAUGCGAUUGAAGAGAAGAAGAUUCACUCAUCGCCAGUUAUCGAAAGGGCAAUGUUGCGACGACAGGCAGCAGUGGAUGCGGAAGGGCUCAAAUGGCAAAUCGAGAAAAAAGAGAACGAGAUCAAUGAGUUGAAGCGAACACUGAAAGCCCGAAUCGAUGAUCUGAGCAACUACAAGUUGCGGCUUGAAAUGGCUGAGAAACGAGUCGAAAAUUCCGGCAAGGUUGAGGGGGUCAAGGCACAGCAUUGGGAGCAAAAAUACGAGCAAUUGUCGGCAGAUUCAAAGCGAAGAGAAGCUGAAUUGGAUCAAACAAUCAUGAACUUGAAUCAAGAGGUUGAGACUCUUCAUAAGGAUAUGAGCGAGCUCCACAACAGGGCCAAAGCAAUGAGUCGCACAGCGCUAAUCCAGGGAGUCAAGAGCUAUGCUAUGCCAGCCGCUGGAUCGUCAAGUCCUAGUUCGUUCACGCCAUUCGCCGCUUCUUCAGCUGAAUUUGUGUACAUGCAACAGCAAGUGGUCGAUUUGCAACAACAACUGCGUUAUGCCACUGUAGAUCUUCGUCGUCUAGAGGCAGAAAAGGCUGCUCUCGGUUCUCGAAGUGGUAACUUGCGUGUGCCCAACGAAGUCUAUGGCCGAAUCUCCCUCGAUCAUUAUGCUCAAAAAGACAGCCUCGAGAAGCAACUCAAGGUCGUUUUUGAUGAAGCGAUGAAGAUGAAAGAUGACGAAGUUCGACUUGAUUGGUUCCAGCCCAAUCCAAUACGUGGUAGCGAGGCUGAACAACGUGCAGAAUGGAGAAACGAACGAGCUAUUUUCGAGACACGAGCAAAUGUGUUAGCAAAUCGUUUCGUCAACUUGGCUCGUGAGAUUGGGCAUACGGAACUCGAAAUCGACGUGUUGUUACUUGGAUUCCCUCGAUUAACAGCAGAAGAAUCAACCGAAACUAUGGAGGACUUGUGCAAGAAGUUUGGAAUACCGAUUGGAGCAAAA